AUGUAUCCAAGAACUUCGAACAAGUUUAACAUACUAGUAAAUGUUGAAAAGAAUGCAUUAGUGAUAUUCAAGCUGAAAUACCAGGAAAUGCUGAGACGAAGCCUUGGAUCAUAUCAGCACGUGAUAUAUGUAGAUCCGGGUCAAAUAGUGGAAGACUUUGAAAUAAAGGUUCACAUUAGUGAAUCCAGAGAAAUCAUAGAUUUAACGAUGCCACCACUGGACGGGAAAACCAAAAUUGAUGUUGGUAAAUCUGCCAAUAUUAAACACAUUUCUCCAUCGAGAAUAGACAUAACAUACUCUCCCAGUGUUGAGGACCAGAAAGCAAUGUCAAAAGAAGGUAUAUCUGGACAGUUUACAGUGAAGUAUGAUGUAACUAGGGACAAAGAUGCAGGAGAUUUAUUGGUAGUGAAUGGAUAUUUCGUUCAUAUGUUUGCUCCAAAAGACAUUAAACCGCUACCAAAAGAUGUGAUGUUUGUAUUGGACAAAAGUCAGAGUAUGUCAGGAAGAAAAAUUAAGCAACUGAAAGAAGCGAUGAAACUAAUCAUGCAGGAUAUGAAACCAAACGACAGAUUCAAUAUUAUGUUUUUCAACCACAGAUUUGAUUGGUUAAACGAAACCGAAAUGAUGGAAGGAACAAAAGUUAAUUUCGGUAAAGCAGAGAGAUUUGUGGAAAACACUUCGGAAAUGGGAUGGACAAACAUUAACACUGCAGUAGUAGACGGAAUAAAGUUAUUAACGAAAUACCUGGACACGCAAAAGUCUGCUAUCUUAAUAUUUCUGACAGAUGGAGUUCCAACUAAAGGAGAAAGAUUAACUGAUAACAUUUUGAAUAAUGUAAGAAAAGCCAAUGAGGCUAGGCUUCCCAUCUUUAGCUUAGGCUUCGGAAACGAUGUGAAUUUCAAUCUUCUGAAAAAGAUGUCUUUACGAAAUAAUGGGUUCGCACGACGAAUAUAUGAAGAUUCGGAUGCUGCAUUGCAGAUUAAAGGAUUCUAUUCCGAGAUUUCAUUGGUUCUUUUGAAAAAUGUCACAUUUGAAUAUAUAGGUGACAUUGACAUGAAUACAUUAACUCAGAACCACUAUCCAUCAUAUUUUUCUGGUUCCGAAUUGAUAGUUGCAGGUCGAAUAAGAUCUAACGGUUCUUCCAUUGACCCCCGUGUCAAAGGUUGGAACCGUGAAUACAUAGAUUUACCAUGGAAACCGAGACCAGUUAUUGACCUUAAAGCAAUAACAUCUGAUUCUGAUUUAUCAAUGAUAACUGAAAAAAUGUGGGCCUAUUUAACAAUAAAACUGUUGCUUAAAGAUAUCGAGGGUGACAUUACAAAUACAAAGAAGGACGAAAGUAAAGCCAAAAUCAUAUCCUUGGCCUUAAAGUACCAGUUUGUUACACCCUAUACAGCUAUGGUAGUUACUGCACCCCAGCUUAGACGAGCGAGACAGUUCAGCACACACAGUUCGAGACUUACUGGAAGUUCCUUAGGUAAUGGACUUAUGGAAACUCACUCAGUGAAGCCGAUACCAACAGUAUUAGAUCAAUUUUAUGAAGUUUUAAACGAAGGAUUUCCUAAUUUUUUCCUUCACAUGAAAGGAUCAACAGUACCUCUCUGUAUGCAUUUGAAACCAAAUCACACAGGGAGAUAUCAGUUCUUAUACAGUGGAGGAAAGCCACAACAUUCUAUUCGUGUAGUAUUUGGUAAGACUACGAUUCGGAGAAUAAGAGAUUCUAUCAAAACUGUUGAGCUGAGGGAAGGAACAGAAAAUCAGUAUAUGGAUUCAAGUUUAUUGAAAAUAUCGAAUACCACUUGGAAUGCCACAAAAGUGUGGAGGGACAUCCAUUACAGAAGAACAAUUAAAUUUCCGUCAUUAAAUCUAACUGUUACAGUCGCACCAUCCAAAGUUAGAUUAUCUGGAUUAGAACUUCAUCUUCAUAUACAACAAAGCAACAUUGCUAAUGCUACUGGACCACUACGUCAGUUCGUUGGAAUGGAAAUUGAAACUUUUUCUAAAACUGAAAUAGUUGUCCGUCCGAAUGUUGGGAAACAAUUUAUCAUAAGAAAAUUCAAACUGUUGGAUUCAAUGCCUAUGAUGUCACACGUUACAGAAUCAUGUUGGUACAUAACGAAUCCCCAAAAGCAAAUUCCACUUUAUUUCGGCAAAAGGAUGUAGAUACAUGGGUUAAAUUGUUUUAAGGAUGUAUUCUUCUCGAAAUCUUGUUCUUGAACUAUAUCCAUUAGAUGUAAUACAAGUGGAAAAUGUCGAUGAAUUUUAAAUAUAUUAUAAUAAAACAUAACUCUGUGAAAAAAAUGUGAAUUUACAAUGAACAGUUUUUGGGUAUUCCAGUUUUCAAAUUUUAUGAUGAAUCAAUAAAUAAACUCAUCAUAGAUGCCAGGACUAAAUUUAGUAUAUA